AUGACAUGCGAAUGCGAAUAUGACGACGCGGUUUACGACGAACUUCAACGAUCCAUCGAAAAUGUGAACGCACAAAUGGAUGUGGUGGGAUGGCGUUUCGAAUUUGGUGGGUGUAGUAGGGCGGGUGGUGGGGAGGUGAAGAGGGGGAAUGGAGUGGAGAAGGAGGAAAAGGUGGAGAAGGAGGGGGUUGAGACUGAGGGAAAGGAGAAAGUUGUGGAGAAGGGGAAGGAGAAUGGUACGAAGCGGGAGGACAAGCCUCGACGUGGUUUGAGAGGUGUUUUGAGGAGGUUGUUGUGUUUCUGA